AUGGGUGUGUAUGACAACCCCAAAAGAACUUCAGCAGUAUGGCAAUACUUUACAAGGAAACCGAAUUAUAUUGCGUCUUGCAACGUUUGCAAAAAGGAUUAUUCAUACAAAUCAACGGUUAGUAAUUUAAGCAAACAUUGGAAAAAGAAACACGUACAAAAUACAGGUGAUGAUUAUUCUGACAGUAGUGAUGAAGAGGACAGCAAUAACAGUAACGAUUUUACCAAAAGUUUCAACAAAAAUGUAAGCAGUAACGAAUCUGAUUCCCAAUCAACAUGGCAGUACUUCGAUAUCUUGGACAGUGACCAGUUCGUGGCUAGAUGCAAGAUCUGUGAGAAAGAUAUCGCCUACGACACCGUGUCUAACUUAACGGAACACGCUAGGGAGCACAAUGUGAUGGUGUCUGAUGAUGAAGAGUGGUUGGACAAGAAGGAAAAAAUCGUGAUUAAAAAACAGUUAAAAAGAGCCAACGCAUCAGCAGUAUGGCGGUUCAUGGAGGUGAUAGAUGAAGAGGCGAGGAACGCAGUCUGCUUGAUAUGCAAAAGGCAGCUGUCCUUCAUGACCAGCAUCAGUAAUUUGAGGAAGCAUAUCCAGAGGGUUCACCCUCAUAUCACCAUUGAUGAUGAUAUUAAUGAUAGGAAUGACAAGAAGGUUAUAAUAUCAACUGAUGGACAACUUUACGAGAUUGCCACGUCAGAUGGAGAGAAGGACCCAGUAGCUACAAACGAAGUAUAUAUAGAAGAUUCAAUAGAUAAUGAUAUUUUAGAGCACAUAGAAAAUACGACGCCAUCAAAACGAAUCAAAAUAUUAGAUAAAAAAUCACUCAAAAGAAAACGAGUAUCGAAAGAACGGUUUCAAAGUUACGAAAAUAUCGAUUCUGUCGAUGACAGCAGUAACGAAACUCCUACGAAAAAUACUUCAAAAACAAACAGUAUAGAUAUAUUUGGACAAUAUGUUAUAACGUUAUUAAAAGAAUUACCUAAACAUGUGUCAGAUCAAUUACAAAGUGAUAUUAUUAAACAAAUAUUUACAGCAAAAAUUGCACUCGAGACGUCGUACUCGGCGACUUUAAAUGAGAGAACCGGUACUGUUACGAUAAAUAACAGUCCUAAUACAAGUAUACCAGAUAUGACUGGGAACAGCACUAGUGAUGUUAAUCUGACAAGGGACAUCGAUAGAAAUGAUGACACCGAUAUAGAAAAUGGGAACGAAGACACUCAAGAAGAGUCACAGAAGUUGAAUGACCUGUGGAACUACUUUGAGCAGGAAGGCACGAAGGUGCGCUGCGUAGUCUGCAGACAGGUUCUAGAAGACACCUCGUAUGAUAACCUGAAGGAACACCUGUUCGCUCAGCAUCCAAAGUUACUCCUGCAGCUCGUACGAGAACAGGAUCAAGACACAAAAUCCAACGCAUCUGAUGACGAAGACAAUACGUACACAGAGGUAGUGUACCUCGAGCAAGAUUCAGCUUCGGACGACACCGCGAGAACCAGCGACAAACCCAAAAUAAUAUCCACGUACAUACAGAACCGUCCCCAAAAACGUACCAGAAUUAACUCUUCUACUGACCAUCAAAUUAUCAAAGUAAAGAAAGAUAGCGAACCCCAAAAAGAGAGAGAAGAGAAACAAGAAGAGGAGUCAGAAUUAGACACUUUUAUUAAAUAUAUACGGUGUUUGUUAAAAAAGUUGUCUCCAGACGUAUUUUCUAAAGUCCAAGUUGAUAUUUUAAAAACGAUAAUGGAUGCUCAGUAUUCAAAUAACAUAACUAAUAUUAAUCAUACGAGUAUAUCGGCAUCUAGUGUAUCUAAGCCUAGUAUUAUAACAGAUUUCGCUACCUGUUCCGGAUCGAAUGUUACAAGAGUGAAUGAGAUAGUACCAAAAAAGGGCCCUCUUGUUGGGAAUUAUACUGUCUCACUUGCUCCAGAAGACAAUGAUUUGGAAAUUAAACAAAAAUAA